AUGGGAUGUGUUAAUUCUAGAAGUGUUGAAACUUAUCAAAGAAAAUUCAAAUUAGUUAUUAUAGGAUUAGAAGGUAGGGUAAAACAACUGUAUUUGAAUACAUCAGAUAAAGAAAAUUUGCGCAGACUAAACCAACAGUUGGUUAGGAAUUAUAAUAAUAAAUAGGUGUAAAUGUUGAUUUUAGCCAUCCAGAAUUCAUGA